GGGAGGCCUUGAUACUUUUCAUAUAAAAUUACAAAUAAACACAAAACUAUAAAUUGCUCAGCAACCUCACCUGUGCCUUUUCCUUCAUUUCAUCAUUUCAACUUCUCAAUAAUCACUUGCGCGCGCGCGCGCUCUCUCUCUCUCUCUCUUCUCUGAAUACUACAUUCUUUUUGGGUUUCUUUUCUCUGAAUCUAACAUUCUUUUCGCAGGAAUUUUCAUUUUUGAUCUCUCUGCUAUUUCAUACUGUUUUCUUGUGUAGUGAUAUAUAUAUUAUUCUUUUGUGCGCAGUAAACAUAAUGGAUGCAGGAUCAAUGAGUUCUUCGUCUAAGUUGAAGUCAGAGUCUAGGUGGCCUCUUCGACAACAACUUCUUCAGGAAAGGAAUUCUAAGGAAAAUCUGGACAGGUUCAUCCCCAACAGAUCAGCGAUGGAUUUUGAUUUCGCGCACUUCAUGCUGACUGAAGGUAGGAAAGUUAAGAAAAACCCAGCUAUGGUAUCUUCCCCAUCCAAAGAGGCUUAUCGGAAGCAGUUGGCAGAGUCCAUGAACAUGAACCGGACUCGAAUCCUAGCUUUCAAGAACAAGCCUCCGGGCCCUGUAGAGCUCUUCCCACGCGAGUUCUCUUCUUUACCACAGGACAAACCGGCAAAGCCCCGAUGGCACAUUCCUCAAACUUCAGAGAGGACAUUGGAUGCUCCCGAUCUUGUGGAUGAUUACUACCUGAAUUUGUUGGAUUGGGGAAGCUGCAAUGUUAUCGCGAUAGCUCUUGCAAACACAGUUUAUUUGUGGGAUGCUACCAAUGGUUCUACUUCAGAGGUCGCCACAUUUGAGGAUGAAGUCGGACCUGUUACCAGUGUGAGUUGGGCGCCUGAUGGACGCCACAUUUGAAUUGGACUGGACAAUUCUGAAGUACAGUUGUGGGAUUCGACUGAUAAUAAGCAGCUGAGAACUUUGAGAGGUUGCCACAGAUCACGAGUAGGCUCCAUUGCAUGGAACAAUCACAUUCUUACAACUGGAGGAAUGGAUGGCUGUAUCGUUAAUAAUGAUGUAAGAGUUAGAUCACACAUUGUUGAGACAUACAGAGGACACAAACAAGAGGUUUGUGGGCUUAAAUGGUCAGCCUCAGGCCAGCAAUUAGCUAGUGGAGGAAAUGAUAACCUCCUCCAUAUAUGGGACAGAUCAGUGGCAUCUUCAAAUUCACCGACUCAGUGGCUUCACAGGCUUGAAGACCAUACUGCUGCUGUGAAAGCCCUUGCUUGGUGUCCUUUCCAGGGCAACUUAUUAGCUUCUGGUGGAGGUGGGGGUGAUUGGUGCAUAAAGUUUUGGAACACCCACACAGGUGCAUGUCUGAACUCGGUUGACACUGGCUCUCAUGUUUGUGCUUUGCUGUGGAACAAGAAUGAAAGAGAGCUGCUUAGUUCACAUGGAUUUACCCAAAAUCAGCUUACUCUUUGGAAGUACCCCUCAAUGGCUAAAAUUGCAGAACUCACUGGCCAUACUUCUAGAGUUCUUUAUAUGGCUCAGAGCCCGGAUGGUUGCACAGUGGCAUCAGCAGCUGGUGAUGAAACACUCAGAUUCUGGAAUGUGUUUGGGGUUCCUGAGGUGGCUAAACCAGCUCCCAAAUCUAACCCUGAACCUUUUGCUCAUUUCAAUCGUAUCCGCUGAUCAAGAACAUGAGGAAGUGUUCUUCUUUUCAUUUCAUAUGGAGCCUUUUUGCUGGGUGCUCAAGAUGAUGGAUUGGAAACUCUUCCAAAACUGAUCAUUGAAGCAUUAGAGCUCCUUCACAUUUGAGAGCACCCGCAAAUUAAGCGAAGCAAAUAUUGAGAUUCAAUAUGAUCGACCAAAUAACCUGUUCGAAUAAAGUGCCAUUCACUUACACCAGCAAGUAACAAUAGCAGCCAAAGUACAGCCUGCUAGAAACACGGGGCGUCACCAGCAUAUGAUGCCACCGUGUGCUAAAGAGAUCUUCUCCGGUAUUGUUCUGCGAUAAGCCUCUCACCAGAAAUUGUUGCAGAACACUUGUGCAUAGGGAUAUGAUUGUCACAAUGGAUUGGUGAAAUUUCUGCUCC